UUCCUUUCAACAUGGCGCUGACAGGUUGCUAAUAGAAAUUUGUGGGAUUUCCUUUCUGGAAUAAAAGAUAUGUAGCUUUCUACUUAGUACUCCUAUAUUAGACUCGGCUAAAAAAAGAAGACUGCAGGAACAGCUGUAUGUUCAUGGGACAGCUGCUUUGACUACAGUUCCAUCACAUCAUGUAUGACAGUAAAACGAAAAACAUGUUUUUAACCCGAGCACUGGAGAAGAUUUUAGCCGAUAAGGAGGUGAAAAAAGCUCACCAUUCCCAGUUGAGCAAAGCCUGUGAAGUGUCCCUAGAGGAAAUGAAAGAAGAAACAGAGAAACUGAGACUGCACGCAACUCCACUUCCAGCUGCCUACCUGAAUGAAUCACAGCAAUGCUGAUGUUUACAGAGGACCUCAGGAGCAUCAAUAUGACUGCAGCAUGGAGGCCUAUAGGGGGCAGUUGGCCGUUGCUCACCGAGGCACAAACGUUUCAUAUGAGAUGGUUGAAUUGCUCAGACAUGUUUGUUUGGCCUAAUGUUUUAACCAUUUAGCUAUCACUCUGUAUUCCCCCUCAGUCCCUGUCCUGGAGACAACAAUGCUGAUUCCAGUGCUCUACCACCGGUCAAGUCCAAGGAUACUGUCAUAGAAGCAGACAAGUACUUCCUGCCAUUUGAGUUAGCCUGCCAGUCCAAAUGUCCUCGCAUCGUCAUCACAUCUCUAGAUUGUUUACAGAAACUCAUUGCUUAUGGCCACCUCACUGGAAACGCUCCAGACAACACUACACCUGGAAAGAGGUUAAUCGAUAGAAUCAUCGAGACCAUAUGUGGCUGCUUUCAAGGGCCUCAGACAGACGAAGGUGUUCAGCUGCAGAUUAUAAAGGCUCUGCUGACAGUGGUGACCUCUCAACACAUCGAGAUCCACGAGGGCACGGUGCUGCAGGCGGUCAGGACCUGCUACAACAUCUACCUGGCCAGCAAGAACCUGAUCAACCAGACCACGGCCAAGGCCACGCUCACACAGAUGCUAAAUGUUAUCUUCGCACGCAUGGAGAACCAAGCACUCCAAGAGGCCAGACAGAUAGAGAAGGAGCGUCUGAGACAGCAGCAUCUGCAGCAGUCACCAAGCAGCCGACAGCGGCAGGAGCUUCCUUCACCCCCCCACCAGCACCAAGGCCCCCCCGCUUCACCCCACCAACAGGCCCUCGCCUCCCCCACUUUGUGUCCCCUGCCCCCCGACCAGAAACCUCAUGCCUCCCCCCAACAGAACCAGGAGCCCCACACAGCCCCACCUCAGCCCUCUGCCUCCCCUAAACAGGAACAGCACACCACCUCACCCCCACCUCAGGAGUUGACCACCCAGGUGCCUGAUCAAAAUGCCCACGAGGACCCGGAGCCAGAGAACGUCUCUGUGUUCUGCAGUGCUGAAAACGAGCAGACUGAGGCGGACCAGGCUACUGCAGCUGCUGCACAGGGGUUGUUCCAGCAAGAUGCUGAAGGGCUUGUAGAGGAAGAACCAGUCAACUAUGAGGAGCAGGCUCAAGAGAUGGUCCAGACCAUGCUGCAGGAAGUUGUCAAUACAGUUGUUGGAGAAUGUAGGGAGAGUGUGUGCAGCGCUACAGAGUGUGUAGACAAUGUGCCAGUCCCGGUGGUGGAGGGGGAGGAGGGCGGGCUGGGCAGCGACACGGAGAACGUCCAUGCCAACGGUAUCCCUGGCACGCCCAUAUAUGCUGGCUUCACCCCCUCACUGACGGACGACAGGCUCUCUGUCUCCUCCAACGACACUCAGGAAUCUGGAGCCACGAGUGGUUCCUCCCCUGUUGCUAAGUUCUCCCAUAUCCUCCAGAAGGAUGCCUUCUUAGUGUUUCGCUCCCUCUGCAAACUCUCUAUGAAGCCACUGUCUGAUGGACCCCCUGAUCCUAAAUCUCACGAGCUGCGCUCCAAGGUGCUGUCCGUCCAGCUGCUGCUGUCCAUCCUGCAGAACGCGGGGCCCGUCUUCAAGACCAACGAGAUGUUCAUCAACGCCAUCAAGCAGUACCUGUGUGUGGCGCUGUCCAAGAACGGCGCCUCCUCGGUCCCCGAGGUCUUCUCGCUCUCGCUGUCCAUCUUCCUCACCCUCCUCUCCCACUUCAAGACCCACCUCAAGAUGCAAAUCGAGGUGUUUUUCAAGGAGAUCUUCCUCUACAUCCUGGAGACGUCCACCAGCUCCUAUGAUCAUAAAUGGAUGGUGAUCCAGAGCCUCACCAGGAUCUGUGCAGACGCCCAGAGUGUGGUGGAUAUCUAUGUCAACUAUGACUGUGACCUGAAUGCUGCUAAUAUAUUUGAGAGGCUGGUCAAUUACCUAUCUAAGAUAGCGCAGGGCAGAGUGGGGCUUGGCACCACACCUGCUCAGGAGCUGAGCUUGAGGAGAAAGGGUCUGGAGUGUCUAGUGUCCAUCCUCAAGUGUAUGGUGGAGUGGAGCAAUGAUCAGUCUGUGAACCCCAACUCUCAGAGCAGUCUAGGUCAGGAGAAGCCCGCGGAGCAGGAGCCCAGUGAGAUCACCAAGCCCCCAGAGAGUACCAACCACUACGGCAGCCUCAACUCCCUGGACUCCAACGCCUCCUCGGGCAUCGGCUCCUACAGCAACCUCAUGUCAGCAACGGACAACGCAGAGCAGUUCGAGGUCCUCAAGCAGCAGAAGGAGAUCAUCGAGCAAGGCAUCGACUUGUUCAACAAGAAGCCAAAGAGGGGCAUCCAGUAUCUACAGGAGCAAGGCAUGCUGGGUACCACGCUGGAGGACCUAGCUCAGUUUCUGCAUCAGGAGGAGAGGCUAGAUUCUACUCAGGUGGGUGAGUUCAUCGGGGAUAACGAGCGCAUUAAUAAAGAGGUGAUGUAUGCCUACGUGGACCAGAUGGAUUUCCAAGGCAAGGACUUUGUCUCGGCUCUGCGUCUGUUCCUGGAGGGCUUCCGUCUGCCCGGAGAGGCCCAGAAGAUCGAUCGACUCAUGGAGAAAUUUGCGGCCAGAUAUUUAGAAUGUAACCAAGGGCAAACUGAGUUCACCAGUGCAGAUACGGCCUACGUCCUGGCUUAUUCAAUCAUUAUGUUGACAACAGACCUUCACAGUCCACAAGUGAAGAAUAAAAUGACGAAAGAGCAAUACAUCAAGAUGAAUCGAGGAAUCAACGACAGCAAAGAUUUACCUGAGGAGUACCUGUCAGCCAUUUACGAUGAAAUCGCAGGGAAGAAAAUAGCCAUGAACGAAGCCAAAAAAAUCACCCUCAAAUCCAACAAACAAAGUGUGGCCAAUGAGAAGCAGCGGCGUCUGCUGUAUAACGUAGAGAUGGAGCAGAUGGCUAAGACAGCCAAGGCCCUGAUGGAGGCAGUCAGCCACGUCCAGGCUCCCUUCACUAGCGCCACGCACCUAGACCACGUCAGACCCAUGUUCAAGUUGGCAUGGACCCCGUUCUUAGCAGCGUUCAGUGUGGGUCUUCAGGACUGUGAUGACACUGAGGUAGCCUCUCUGUGUCUGGAGGGAAUCCGCUGUGCCAUCAGGAUAGCCUGCAUCUUCACCAUCCAACUGGAGCGUGAUGCGUACGUCCAGGCCCUGGCGCGGUUCACCCUGCUCACAGCCAGCUCUGGUAUCUCUGAGAUGAAACAGAAGAACAUCGACACCAUCAAGACCCUCAUCACCGUUGCCCACACUGACGGAAACCACCUGGGCAACUCCUGGCAUGAGAUCUUGAAGUGUGUCAGUCAGUUGGAGCUGGCCCAGCUGAUCGGGACAGGGGUGAAGGCCCGUUACAUCUCAGGGACGGUCCCGGCCAGCCUGAGAGAGCAGGCCUCAGACAGCUCAGAGUACCUGGGACUGGUUGGAGGUCAUGUGGACCGUAAACAGAUAGCUAGUAUUCAGGAGUCCAUUGGAGAGACAAGCUCCCAGAGUGUAGUUGUUGCUGUUGACAGGAUAUUUACCGGGUCUACCAGACUGGAUGGCAAUGCAAUAGUUGAUUUUGUCCGGUGGUUAUGUGCUGUAUCAAUGGACGAGCUAGCCUCACCAACACACCCACGCAUGUUCAGCCUUCAGAAGAUUGUGGAGAUCUCCUACUACAACAUGGGUCGCAUCAGGCUUCAGUGGUCCAGAAUUUGGGAAGUCAUUGGGAACCAUUUUAACAAGGUUGGAUGUAACUCCAAUGAGGAUGUGGCUAUAUUUGCCGUGGAUUCCCUGAGGCAGCUGUCUAUGAAAUUCUUAGAAAAAGGAGAGCUCGCCAACUUCCGAUUCCAGAAGGAUUUCUUGAGGCCUUUUGAACAUAUAAUGAAAAAUAACAGGUCUCCCACCAUUGGAGACAUGGUGGUGAGGUGUAUAGCUCAGAUGGUGAACUCCCAGGCUGGGAACAUCCGGUCGGGGUGGAAGAACAUCUUCUCAGUGUUCCACCUGGCUGCCUCAGACCAGGACCAGAGCAUCGUGGAGCUGGCCUUCCAGACUACUGGCUACAUCGUCACAAAUGUAUUUGAGAAGCACUUCCCAGCCACCAUCGACUCCUUCCAGGAUGCUGUGAAGUGUCUGUCUGAGUUUGUCUGUAACGCAUCCUUCCCUGACACCAGUAUGGAGUCCAUCCGCCUCAUACGCCACUGUGCCAAAUAUGUGUCUGAGAGGCCACAGGCCUUCAAGGACUACACUAGUGAUGACAUGAAUGUAGCCCCAGAGGACCGGGUAUGGAUGAGGGGGUGGUUCCCCAUCCUGUUUGAGCUGUCCUGCAUCAUCAACAGGUGUAAACUGGACAUCAGGACCAGGGGCCUGACUGUGAUGUUCGAGAUUUUGACGACCUACGGUCACACCUACGAGAAACACUGGUGGCAGGAUCUGUUCAGGAUCAUCUUUAGGAUCUUUGACAACAUGAAACUGCCAGAGCAGCAAACGGAGAAAGCUGAAUGGAUGACCACCACCUGUAACCAUGCACUUUACGCCAUCUGUGAUGUCUUCACUCAGUACUUUGAGUUUCUCAGUGAUAUUCUCCUGGACCAUAUCCUGUCUCAACUGUACUGGUGUGUUCAACAAGACAACGAGCAGCUGGCGCGCUCAGGGACCAACUGUCUGGAAAACGUGGUCAUUCUGAACGGGGUGAAGUUCCACCCAGAGACGUGGGACAAAACCUGCAACUGUAUGCUGGACAUCUUCAAAACAACCAUCCCUCAUGCGUUGUUGACGUGGAGACCAGCAGGAACUGAGGGAGAGCUGAUGCCACUGUACGACCCCUCAAACCUGGACUCCAUAUCCCAGAAGUCAGUGGACAUUCAGACUCGUACGGCGGACCAGCAGUCACUGUGCAGUGUGGACAGGCUCUCCCUGGAGAACCAGAGGCAGAGAACGUACAGUGGCUCCUCAGGCACAUAUGAGGACGGCCCCAAAGCUAGGACCCCAGCCAAGGUGCAGGAGCAGAGGUUAUUCUCAGGCGUGCUCAUUAAGUGUGUGGUGCAGCUGGAGCUGAUCCAGACCAUAGACAACAUGGUCUUCUACCCCGCCAGCAGCAGGAAGGAGGAUGCAGAGAACCUGGCUGCUGCACAGAGAGACCCAGUAGAUGCAGAUGUCUUGUUGGAGGCCCAGGACCAGGGAAUGUACCGCUAUCUGACCUCAGAUCAGCUCUUCAAACUGCUGGACUGUCUGCUAGAGUCCCACCGCUUCGCCAAGGCCUUCAACUCCAACAACGAGCAGAGGACUGUCCUGUGGAAGGCAGGUUUCAAGGGGAAGUCCAAACCAAACCUGUUGAAGCAGGAGACUAACAGUCUGGCCUGUGGCCUCCGCAUCCUGUUCCGCAUGUACACAGACGCCAGCCGCAAGGCAGCCUGGGAAGAGGUGCAGAGACGACUGCUCAAUGGGUGUAGUGAGGCCCUGGCCUACUUCCUCACGCUGACAUCAGAGAGCCACCGGGAAGCCUGGACCAAUCUCCUCCUCCUCUUCCUCACCAAGGUGGUGAAGAUCAGCAAUGACAGGUUCAAGGCCCAUGCAUCCAGAUACUACCCACUCCUCUGUGAGAUCAUGCAGUUUGACCUGAUCCCAGAACUCCGGGCCGUGCUGCGAAAGUUCUUUCUCCGCAUCGGCAACGCCUUCGACAUCUCACUGCUGCCCAGUCCCAGAGAGGAGCUAGGGCUUGCUGGAAGCUAGUGACAUCAUCACUAGUGGACCAGGACCAGCACAAACACUCCCUCUCUGGGGUGGGAGAGGGAAAGUCUGCAUCCCGAAUGGCACCCUAUUUCCUAUAUAGUGUCAUUUGGAUCACAGAUGAUGUUUAGCCCUCUGAACUCUGCCCCUCUGAGGGCCGCAAGGGAUUCUUAAAGCGGACUGGUUAGAUGAAAGUGACAGGGCCCGCAGAAAGGUACUGGAAGCUCCUCCAUGCUGUACACAGUGAUGUGCCGGCCAGAGAUAUACCAUUGACAAUAGUGUAGUGAGUGGGGCCCACAAAAGCACUAAAUGAAUGGCUGCAGUAUGGCUACCUGGUACAGUACAGCAUAGAAAUAUCAUAGUAAUGAUUUAGAAUAACAAUGCAAUUAUUCUACUAAUUUCUCCCUGUCUGACCAGAGGGCUGACCAACAUUAUGGAGGGUGACGUGUGCUUUUUGCUAUCUCUUGGCAUUCUUUUAUGAAACUGAGGUAUAAAAUGGCUAGUGAAAAGGAUGAGUAACGUUAAUGAUUUUCUUUUGCACAGCCACUAGGUGUCAAAAGCAGCUUUUUAGUAUUGUUAGAUACUAAUGUCAUUUCUUAAGCGUACUGGCAUUUUCUCACUUAAAUGUAUCCUUACCAUGGCUCUUGUUGUCUUUUGGAAUAUGACACUAAUGUAUGAAAAUGAGUAAACAUUAUUCAAUUUGAUGUAUAUACUGAAACAUUUAAAUUAAAACAAUUUGCAAAAUAA